UGGGAAAGAUGCAAGCAGCAACAAUGGAUUGUUAUAGGAUAUCAAUCGUAACAAUUUCUUAACCACCUACUUCUCUCUUGUUGUCUUUCAGAGCUCCAUUCUCGUGAUUGGUCCGAGCCUCUGUCCGUCUGGCCCAGUGGACCCCUCCCCCUUGGAAGCAUCUCUCAGCCCAGAGUGUGCCAGUCAGAAUGGGACAAUAGCCGCAGUCGCCAUCGGACCUCCCCCUUCCUCUCUUUGCUCUCUGUCUGCCCCUUCCCCACACCCUUCCCCUAACACACACACAGCCAGCCCCUGACCACUCCUCCUCCCACUGUACUGGUUACGGUCCACUCCUUCUUCCUACCGCUCUAAUCAGCCAGCCAUCCUUGUCAAACCAAACUAAACCAUAGUCCUCUGUAAAGGAUAGGGUCCUAUACAGCUGCCUACGCUCCCUUUGUUGUUGGUGGCUUUGUUUGUGUGGAGGGCCCCCAUGAGAGUUGCUAACUGCUAGGUAACAGAAGGCAGCACAAUAACACCCAGUCAGCCGUUUACAGGAAACAAACGAGCUGUGGUGGUGGUUGGGACCACUGAUGGAAUUCUAGUAGCAUGAUGUUGGGCUGGCAUAGCCACCACACACCAUCGAUGAACCAGAGGGCCACCAGCAGACUUUGGAGAUCGACACAUCUCGACUUGUGGUGGGACAAGAGGUUGAAAUAGACACAAUAAAGAUCUAUUUUUUUCCCCCAUAUUUUUUUUUAACCUAAUUUUUUGGGGUUUCUGCAGUGAUCAGCUGAACCAAAGUGCCUUCACGGUUUCUCACUGUCCUUUUCCUAUAAACUUGAUCUAACUUCAUAUCACACUCCAAUAUCUGAAAACUAUUUCAACAUAUUUUAAGGAUUUUGCACUUUUCAUUCAUACACCUCCAUAUCCAUUGUCCUGUUGUACUUAUCAUAUCAUACACAGUUGCACAGUACUGACAGUGCACACUUGUUUACAGUAAAAACAUACACCUCCAUACAUACUGUUGAAAAUCCCACCCCAUAUUCUACCCAGCCACAAAGUAAGCAUUUUCUCACAGCGUUCCUCUAGUGUAGGUCGCUAGGACUAACGAAGCCAAACAAAUCACCAAACCGCUCUCCAAGUUCCUUGUUGCGAAGCAGAGAUGGCGAUGUGGCUACAGUCAAAAUGGCGCUACCUGUUCAUGUUCCUGGGUGUCCAGCUCGUCGUCAUGGCUCUGCUGUCCCGCGACGGCUACCACAAGCGAAUGUCGUACUUCAUACGGAUUUUCCGCAAGCCGGAGACACCAGCGUUGGGGACGUCUGGUGCCGACUCGCCCCACUCACGCAACAACACGGGCAGUGACGUCUACGCCAACUUGUCCCUCCUUGUCAAGGCCCACGGCCGGGUCGAGGACAUGCCCCACUGCCCCAAGACGUCUCCCCUGAUAGGUGAGUUCACCCAUAGAAAUAGAAGUCCUAGAACUGGCAGCCCGAUUCUAUUUCUAUGAGUUCACCAGCCGCCGUCUUCAGUUACUCAGCCCUCCCCGUAUCUCUUACUUCAUUCCCUCUUCAGACUGAAACUGAAGAGGGAAUGUUUUUUUACAAUGUACGCCAGAACAAUACUUUCUCGAAAAAGAAAGUGGCUGAGAUACUUGAUUAGUGUGCCAGGAAACGAAAUGUGGGCAGUCAGAAAGCCUCGGUUGGUUUGUUGUGGAAGGGAAUUUCCAAAUAAUUCCACACAUGCAACUGUCCUUGCUUGUUAGUUGGCUACUGAUCUGACCAGGUUGGAUGGGUAGUGGGCUUGCAAAAUUUCGGUAGUAGAAAUCCUGGUUGGAGAAUUCUGUAUUUCCUGCUUAUUCUGUUCUGAUUCCGGGAGUCCUCCAACCAGGAUUUCUGGGAAAGUUACCAGAAUUUUGAGUAGACAUGAUAUGGUGGAACCUUGGCUUCACGUAUACAGUCAGGAAUUGAUCAAUGUUCAAUGAUGGCCCCUAGUAAGGGAAGGAAGGAUGCGUUUUGACUUUGAGAUCAUUCAAACUGAGCCGAGACCUGGUGGCGGCUGACCCAACAGGAGUGUUUGUUGUACGCUUCGACUAGAGGGACUGAAUAUACUUGUGUUCAAAUGAAGGUCAGUUUACCUUGUGUCCAACUUCCUGCUUUUUUGCCUUCUAAUUUGGAUAGCCACACUGAAACCAAGAGAUUUGCAAAGGCUCCUACAAUGUUUUGCUGUGCCCUUUUAUAUUCUACAGGUAUUUGUUUGCAGUGGUUACUGACUUUGUGAAGUGACAAACUUCAAAGCACAUAGGCUACAUAGCCUAGACCUACGCUCUCCUACGUAUUUAUUUGGACACUGAAGCUAAAACCUUUUCAUUUGGCUCUAUACUGCAGCAUUUUGGAUUGGAGCUUAAUGUUUUAUAUGAGACGACAGAACAGAAGGGAUAUAGGGGAAAUUGAUAAAAGGGGGAACACUGCAUUCUGUACUGUCGCCUCAUGUAAAACAUUUGAUCUCAAAUCCCAAAAAAACUGUUAGAACGAGCAUGCUAGCAUGGACAACCUACUGAUUUUGAGUUAUUUGGUGUGUGUGUUAUGAUAUAGGUCUAGCAAUAAAAUGUUGUUAUGACAUCUGGCUUCUUCUCACCCUGUUUCUCUUUUCAGGUGGACCGAUCCACGUCAACUUUCCUUCCGGGCUGACACUGGCCCAAGUGGCGAGGAAGAAUCCAUUGGUGGUCCGCGGGGGGCGCUACAGGCCGCCUGACUGUGAGGCGCAGCACCGCACCGCCAUAAUCAUUCCUCACAGAAACCGGGAGCACCACCUGAAGUUCCUCCUCUAUUACCUUCACCCGUUCCUACAGCGACAGCAGCUCAACUACGGCAUCUACGUCAUACACCAGGUGAGAUGCAUACGUCCAGGCGUACACACACACACACACAGUUUCAAAAGGUUACAUUUUAAAGGGGCAAUCUGCAGUUGCUACAUACAUUUUUGGACGUAUAAAUGAAUGAUAUGUACCCAUUGAUUCUUGAAGAAUAUUACUUAUAAAUGCCUCAUAAGCUUAGUUCAACUGUCGUACCCCAUCAGAACCCAAAAUAUAAGCUUGUUUUUACUCCAAUGUUUGUAAACAAAGUAAAUGUAACAAACACUGUCUAGCCUCUAAACAUGGUUAAAACUAUAAUGUUGAUAUCAUGAAUGGUCAGUCCGUGCAGCUAUGGCUCUAUGAAUUUGAGUGGUUGCACAUUUCCCCAGCCCCAUCCCUCAGCCUUUUACCGAAACGGGGUCCUUUUUGUUUCAACUGCUGAUUGCCGCUUUAAAGGCAACAUUAAUGUUAUCAAUUGAUUGAGCAAUCUGUAACACAGCCUAUCAGUAUGAAAAUGUUCUUUACACUUCGUACAAUUGACCAAAAAACAUAUUAAAUUGGCCUACCUUCUGGCUGUAAUGGUGAGGCCAAGUAUACAUUCAACAUAGAUCAAAAUCGCCCUCUGGUGUCCUAACCAUGGAAUCACACACAGCCUUGUGGUUGAAAGAUGCUGACUGAAGGCUUAAGAGUUUAAUCAUCCUAACAACUUGUAGCUAUCCCUUAGUUUACACUUUAAACAAGCACUUUCUCACCUUCAUACUGUUAGUCAAGUUGUCACUGCCUGCUUGUUGUUUACCUGCAACAUAUGAAUGCUAAGCCAACCUCUACCAAGUUAGCAUCUCAAAAUGAACCUGACUCUAAACCAUUUAUUCAUGACUCUGCAUGCGUGCAGUAUUUUUGCGUAACCAGUGCCAGAUUGCACUCAGCUCAAACAAGAUAAUGCAGGCUAGCAGCAGUGCAAGCAUCUGCAUGUCUUCAGCCGUGGUUGGUUGUCAUAGUUACACACACACUGAACCACAGGGACAAAUACUGCUCAUGCUAUUGACCUCAGUGACGCUCUCAAAUUUCGUAUCUUGCCAUGGAUUAGGUGUAAUCGUCCAGAGAUGUUUUAAACCCUAAUUUUAGUUUAGAGUAGCGAAUAUUAUUUGAGUGUAUGCUGUGAUAUUUUUACAAAUGAUCAGUUGUACUGUAAAUAAUCAAACUGUUGAUUUCAUUGUAUGUAGACUACACAAUUCAUUUCCGUAUUGAAUAGUUGCAGGUGACUAGGGUCUGGUUUCAAUGGACUCUUCUGGCAUAGAGGAACUAGUAAUUCGAUAAGGGGGGAAAAAAAUAGGCAGAACGCUGUAUCGCAUUAGUGGAUACUUUCACUGCUCUCAGGGCAGGUCUGCCGGUUUUGACUAGCGGAAGUAACUUUUCAUAGCAGGUUAGGAGAAUUAACGUAGCAGGUUAGGAGAAUUGGGUUAAGGUUAGGAAAAGGACUAGGGUUAGCUGAAAUUGUCCCCGACACGACUCGAAAAUAUGUAGCUACAACCAGCCCUGAGAACAGUCUUGGUUUCCACUAAUGCGAUCCACAUUGCGAUUCAAAACCAAAGUUUGCAGGCAAAACCUUUCCAGUGGUUUUAAUAAUGGUAGUUGAUGCAAACUAGCCACUUGCGAAAUGCACUCAUUAAAAAUUACCUCUGAUUUCCAUCUUGCUAGCUACUAUUUUGUAUUUUAUUCAAGCAGAUAAAGUAGUGACCUAGGCAGUGACGUAUUUCCUCUAUGCCAAAAGAGGCCAUAAUUGAAACCAGACCCUAGUCACUGUGUUGCCUAGGGUCAGGUUUUCGAGACUACUAACGGAGAGUAAACUGUAUAAAAAUGAAGUCGCAUACUCCAUAUAUUUGGGUAAACCCAAUUACCCAUUAUUGUUGUAUGGACACUAUGUCAUUGUGUUGUCAUGUAUGGAACCAACGUCAGUGUUUACCCAAUAUUCAUUUAGCAGCGGGGGCCAAAUAUGAUAUAUACACUAAUGGCCAAAAGUAUGUGGAGACCCCUUCAAAUUAGUGUAUUUGGCUAUUUCAGCCACACCUGUUGCUGACAGGUGAAUACAAUCAAGCACACAUAGACAAACAUUGGCAGUAGAAUGGCCCGUACUGAAGAGCGACUUUCAACAUGGCACCGUCAUAGGAUGCCACCUUUCCAUCAAGUCAGUUCGUUAAAUGUCUUCCCUGCUAGAACUGCCCCGCUCAACUGUAAGUGCUGUUAUUUUGAAGUGGAAACGUCUAGGAGCAACAACGUCUCAGCCGCAAAGUGGUAGGCCACACAAGCUCACAGAACGGGACCGCCGAGUGCUGAAGCGCGUAGCGCGUAAUAAUCGUCUGCCCUUGGUUGCAACACUCACUACCGAGUUCCACACUGCCUCUGAAAGCAACAUCCGCACAAUAACUGUUUGUUGGGAGCUUCAUGAAAUGGGUUUCCAUGGCCGAGCAGCUGCACACAAGCCUAAGAUCACCAUGUGCAAUGCCAAGUAUCGGCUGGAGUGGUGUAAAGCUUGCCGCCAUUGGACUCUAGAGCAGUAGAAACACGUUCUCUGGAGUGAUGAAUCACGCUUCACCAUCUGGCAGUCCGACGGACGAAUCUGGGUUUGGCGGAUGCCAGGAGAACGCUACCUGCCCAAAUGCAUAGUGCCAACUGUAAAGUUUGGUGGAGGAGGAAUAAUGGUCUGGGGCUGUUUUUCAUGGUUUGUGCUAGGCCCCUUAGUUUCAGUGACGGGAAAUCUUAACCUACAGCAUACAAUGACAUUCUAGAUGAUUCUGUGCUUCCAACUUCGUGGGGAAGGCCCUUUCCUGUUUCAGCAUGACAAUGCCCCUGUGCACAAAGCGAGGUCCAUACAGAAAUGGUUUGUCGAGAUCAGUGUGGAAGAACUUGACUGGCCUGCACAGAGCCCUGACCUCAACCCCAUCGAACACCUUUGGGAUGAAUUGGAAUGUCGACUGCAAGCCAGGCCUAAUCGCCCAACAUCAGUGCCCGACCUCACUAAUGCUCUUGUGGCUAAAUGGAAGUCCCCUCAGCAAUGUUCCAACAUCUAGUGGAAAGCCUUCCCAGAAGAGUGGAGGCUGUUAUAGCAGCAAAGGAGGGACCAACUCCAUAUUAAUGCCCAUGAUUUUGGAAUGAUGUUCGACACGCAGGUGUCCACAUACUUUUUGCCAUGUAGUGGAUAUCUUUAUCUAUCUCCUAUCUAUCGUUCUGCUGAGACGCGCUUUUAAAUGGAGAGUCAUUAGCUCAAUGACUGGAAGUCUAUGGGAACAGCUAGCAUGUCAUUGCGCUACCGCUUGCAGCAAUGCACCCCGCUACCCUUGCCACCGCUGCUAAAAAAAAUCCUAGGGGAAAUACUGAACGUUCAUAUUGUUGUAAUUUCUAUGGAAACCAUGUCAAUAUUGAAUAUUUGAAGGUUGUUGCUGACAUAAGGGUCUCUAAAGGCCAAAUACCUCUGUAGGUUGGUAACUACACGUUUAACCAUGUCUGUACUCUUUAGGCUGGUAACUACACGUUUAACCGGGCCAAGCUGAUGAACGUUGGGUUCCGGGAGGCCAUGCGGGAGGAGGACUGGGACUGCCUGUUCUUCCAUGAUGUGGACCUCAUCCCUGAGGACGACCGCAACACCUACAUGUGCGACACCAACCCCAAGCACGCCGCCAUCGCCAUGGACAAGUUUGGAUACAAGUCAGUCCAUUCUCUUUUUUUUGCUUCUUUUUCCCCUCUUUUCACCAUAAGUCUCAUUGGAUUUUCACAAGUUUAUUUAACACAAAAUGUAUUACAUUUUAGUUGUCAGUGAAGACUCUAGUUUUUUCAUUAUGCGUGGCUUCACUCAUUUCUGAUUUCAUCUGAAUUCACUUGUUCCCUAUCUGAUCCUUCAUUUUUAUUUUAAUCCUCUGUAAUUCUCCUAGGCUACCAUACAAGAUGUAUUUCGGAGGGGUGUCAGCGUUGUCGCCAUUGCACUACCUGAAGAUGAACGGCUUCCCUAACAACUACUGGGGCUGGGGAGGAGAGGACGAUGACAUUGGAGUCAGGUGAGAGGGGGUCCUAGGGGGUUUUGGGGGUGGAAUAUUGAGCCAGUUCAUUGAGCUAUGGACCCAUUGUGGUUUGUUCUGUCUAACAAAAUGAUACAAUUUAAAGAGACACUGAAUAAUCCUAUUAUUUAUAAUAGAUAAUAACCCAAUUAAAAUUAUUCUCUCUCUUUCCCUCUCUCCCAUUCUCAGAGUAUCCCUAGGAGGGAUGAUCAUCUCUCGUCCAUCGGUGAAGGUGGGCCGCUACAAGAUGAUCAAACACAAGCUGGACAAGGGAAACGACGUGAACCCCAGGAGGUAUGGUACAGGACUGACACGUCAGUAGGGUGACACGUUCAGAUUCUUUAAAAUAGAAUGUGCUGCCUAUCUGUACAUUUAAUUUCCAUCUGCUACCUCUGAAUGUUGCCCUCUAUCGAAUAACACCUAGGUCUGUUGAAUAAACCCCCAGUCCAUCACUAAACUCCCCUCUCCCUCCCUUCCCCUAGGUUCAACAUGCUGGCCAAGACGCGUCAGACGUGGAAGCUGGAUGGCAUGAACACGGUGGAGUACGAGGUGCUGUCACGUGACCACUUCCCCCUCUACACCAACAUCACUGUGCACAUCGGCACCGAGGCCGGCCUGCACGCCACGCCGCCGUCCCCCAAGAUCCCUGCCAAAGCCCCAGCCAAGCCGCCGGUCGAAGCCCCCGCAAAAUCUCCAGCCAAGCUCCAACAGGAACAACAGAACCAACCCACGAACCACUGACUUGGACCACCUUUACCCACUCCACUCCCAUCCACCACCCUCCCGCCGCUGACUCUCCCCUCCUAACUUAUGCCUGAGAGCAGGGAUGUGGCAGAGGGGCCCUGGGCCCUUAAAGCGCUGCUUUCUUUGCCUUCACUCUUCAACUGAACCUCAUAUCAAUGCCUACAGUGGGGAGAGGUGGGUGGCUCCCCCUAGUGGACUAGAGGCCAUUAUACACACAUGCCUUUUCCUUCUGUUCCUUCCUCUGAUCUGAUCAGCAUUAUCAAUAGCAUAGCAGAGACUCUGAACUGAAGACCAAUGCUCUCCACUGCCUAGAUAUAAUCUGUGGGCCGAGGCUUUGUCUGUCUGAAUGAAUUACUGUAGCAUUCUCCACCCUAGGUCUGAUUCUCGAGCUUCUCCAGCUGUAUCUCACCACUCCACUGACUUUGACUCCUAUGAAAAGGACUUAUGGUAGAGAAGAGGAAAAGGACUGACUCAAUGAGUUUAUAUAUCUGCAGCGCCAGGGUCGCUGCCGAAAACCCCCGUUGCCUUAGAAAACCUGUCUUGUUCUAUUUGUCCUUUUAGUAGAACUUCAGGUCGAGAGCUAUGAAUGGAACCGGUUUCUAGUGAUAGCAAGACUAGGGGAUAGAAUAGAUAAAUGAAAAACCUAUUUAAGCCACUGAUAAUGCAAUAGCAUAGGGGUCUUUCCGCCAAUUAGGUGCCUUUUUGAGUAGUGUAAGUUGGUAAAUUCAAUAUUUGUCCACAAUUCCUACUUAAUAUAUCAAAGGGACGCACGCAAAAGGCACUAUUUUCGGAACGACCCAUAUGUAACUCUGAUUUUACAGUUUAAUAUUAUAUGAAGUGAAGCUGCUACCCUGAAUAUUGACCAGGAACAGUGCUGUUUGCAAUUAGCAUGGUAGUCACCCCCUGGGCCCGUAUUCAUAAAGCAUCU